AUGUCACCCCUACCAUUGGACCCCUGUCAAAAUGUUGCUGCAGAUUUCUAUGGCCCACUCCCUACUGGACAAACCCUCAUGGUUGUUAUUGAUGAAUAUUCGCGUUUCGUAGAAGUUGAAAUCGUCUCCUCCACCUCUGCUGCAGCUGCUAUACCCAAACUUGACAAAAUUUUUGCAACCCACGGCAUCCCAGACCUGUUAAAAACCGACAACGGUCCACCAUUUACCAGCCACGCGUUCAAAGUCUUUGCCAGAGAACUGGGUUUUAAACACCGGAAGGUCACACCGUUAUGGCCAAAGGCCAAUGCAGAGGCUGAACGUUUCAUUCGUACCCUGGGAAAAGCCAUUCGCACUGCACGAACUGAACAAAAAAAUUGGGAGAAAGAGCUUCAAAAAUUCUUGAGAAAUUAUCGUUCCACACCUCAUUCAAGCACAGGAAAAUCACCAGCCGAGUUACUGAUGGGUCGCCAGAUAGAUCAAAACCAAACUCCCUGA